AUGGGCAGAAAAACCAAUAAGCAGAAACUCAGUUUUCCAAAGGUUCAGGGAUGGGUACCGUACAAAGCGUUUUCUGCAAAAAGAAAUGAAGAGGUUUCGGAGCCAAAAUAUGCUGAGGUUCCAAAGGAUUGGAAGGAGCCGAAGUUUACUCCUGAGGAUAAUCCUCAUGGGAGAUUGUUUGCUUCAUCAUCAUACACAACGCUCUUCCCAAAAUAUCGUGAGAAGUACUUGAGCGAAAUUUGGCCCGCCUUAAGAAGAAUAAUGAUGGAACAUCAUAUUCGAGUGGAGAUAGAUGUGGCUGAAAGUACUAUGGAAGUUCGAACAACUCCAAGGACUUUUGAUCCUUUUAUCAUACUAAAAGCCAGGGAUGUUAUACGCCUAUUAGCCCGCUCUGUCCCUAUGGAGCAAGCUAUUCGUGUUCUGGAUGACGAGACAUUCGCAGAUAUUAUUGAAAUUAACUUGACUAAUCGUGAACGAUUUGUUAAACGACGUAAUCGGCUUAUUGGUCAUGAUGGUGAAACGUUGAAAGCCCUGGAGCUGUCUACUAACUGUUAUAUAGUUGUACAAGGAAAAACUGUUUCUGUGGUUGGUCGAUAUAACGAUUUAAAGGAGGUACGUAAAAUUGUUCAAGGUUGCAUCUAUGACAAUAUACAUCCAGCUUAUUCUAUUAAAAGAUUACUUAUCAUAAAAAAACUUUCUAUGGAUCCUACAAAACAAAAUAUAUCGUGGGAUCGAUUUUUGCCUAAAAUGAAAAAGAAAGUACUUAGUCGACGUAGAAAACCUCAUAAAGUACGUAAGAAAAAAGAAUAUAAUCCAUUUCCACCACCACCAGUUCAAUCAAAAAUUGAUAUUGAACUAGAAAAAGGUACAUACUUCUUAGCUGAAGCUGAACGUAAACGAUUGAAAGUGGAAUCAAAUAUUGUUAAAUCAAAUCAAAUAUCAAAAAUACGACAAAAAGCUAAACGUUCCGCUGCACUUAUUCCACCUGAUGAAUGUCACAACAAAAACAAUAAUAAUACUACUAAUACCAGUCAUAAUAAACCGAAAAAGAUUAAAUUUGAGGAAUAA